AUGGUUGUUUCUUUAAGGUUUAACAGCAAAUUCCAGAAAAAAUCAAUCAGUUUGCCUUGCAGAUCACAUCCAAGCACUCUCGGAGUUGAAGAGGAGCUCAACAAGAUUAAAGCAUCAUCUUCAACAAAGCAAUCUGCUGACAGCAUAUCCAACGGUCUGUCUCAGCUGGUUGAGUUGUACAAUUGCUUGGAUGAUCUUCUUGAUUCAUUGGCAACUCAGAAUCUAAUUUCUUCACACCGAAAGGAGAUUUGGGUUGAAGAGGUAAUGGAGGAAUCCAUGAAGUUGUUAGAUGUUUGCAGUACUGCAAGGGAUGUGGUGUUGCAAAUGGAAGAACAUGUUCGAGAUAUUCAGUGUGCAUUACGGAGGAGAAAGAGCCACACCAGCGUGGAAGACAGCAUUGGGAAAUACAAAUGUUUUAGGAAGAAAACGAUGAAAGAAGCCAAAGUGAUGAUUAUACAUUUGAAACAAUCGGAAAAAGUGAUGGGUCUGUUGGCGGAUCCUGAUAACCACCAUCUCAUGGCAAUGAUUAGAGUCUUCAUGGAAGUUACCGAAAUGACCGUUAUUAUCUUUGAAUCUCUCUUGAUGUUCCUAGCAUCCCCGGUUACCAAGCGAAAUGGAUGGUCUGUAGUGGUGUCAAAGCUGAUUUCCAAACGGACUAUGGCAUGUCAAGAAGACAAGAAGCAAGAAGGAAUCACGAAUGAGUUGGAAACUUUAGAUGUUGCAUUGUUUACCAUCCUGUGCGAUGGUCAUGUUGAAUGGGCAGAAAAAACGCGAAUUGUGCAAUUUAAAUUGGAGGGACUGCAAGGUAAGAUGAUGAGAAUUGAGAGCGGUUUGGAGUGCAUGUUUAGAAGAUUUGUGAAGACAAGAACUACUCUCCUCAACAUCAUCUCCUUGUAA